CCACGCAGCCCAAGAUGGACGUGGAGCUUCCGACGUCGCGCGGCCAACUGCCCGCUCGGAAGCCUUCGGAAGCCGACGAGUCGGACGCGUAUGACCGCAGCACAGUUCUGAGCAGCGUCGCUGGUGACGACGACGACGACGAGCAUGGUCCGCCGGCGGCCCACUCGUAUGCGCGGUCACCGUCCGUUGUCUGGAGCGAGCUCCGCGACAACAUCGCGCCCGUGACGUGGUACUGCCUCGUGGCUGCGUUGGCGAUCUGCGUCGCCGUCGUGAUCAAGACGGGCGUCAACUUGCUCUUUGUGCAUAUUCUGAUGAUGACGCUGGGCUGGGUCGCGUUCUCGUCCGAGGCCAUGCUCGUCUACCGGCCGUUCGACGGGCUCAACGCGCGGUCACCAAACAAGCGGAUUCAACGCAACAUCCACAAGUUUAUGCACUACGCUGUACUCGCGACGACGCUUCUGGGCCUCGCGGGCAUUUUGAUCAGCCGCGGCAUGGCGGGGAAGCGGCUCUUCCCACACAACAAGCACGGCUGGAUGGGCUUCAUCACGGUCGCGCUCAUGCUGCUGCAGAUGGAAGUCGGGCGCCGCAAGCUCAAGUUUCUCCAGUUCCAAGGCCGCACGAUCUUCGAGUGGCACGGGAUGGUCGGGAAGCUCACGUACGCCAGCGGCAUUGCAUCGACCAUUCUCGGUCUCACGCAUGUCUUCCGCGACGAUAUGGUCUACGUGUGGAGUGCAGUCGUCAUGUCGGUCGUCGUUUUCGUCAUUUACGCUUACGUCCGCCGCAACAAGACGGCUGGUUACGCUGUCGUGGACCAGCUUUAGCUUGCUUAGCUUUAAAUUUUAACCCAAACUCUUUUGGCUG